UUGGAGAGACUCACCGAGCGGACGGGACAAGUGCCAGUUUCAGAUCUGUUUGUAAGUCACUUUGAGCUACACGGAGCGGAUCUGGGAACAGCUGCAGGUGGACGCUGAGUUUUUUUCCAAGCGUGCGUAAAUUGACUGGAGAGGUCUGGGAGAGAAUAACGUUGGAGUGAGCAGCAGCGACCAAAGGCGCAAAGGAGUUGUAGAAGAGAAAGCGAGCGGCUGCUGGAUGGAAAUGAUUUCUAUCUUGUUCUUUCACACACAUCUCGACAGUUCUGGGAACAUGUCGUGUGCUGCGUAAAAUCCCCGAUUUUUAUUUUUUUAUUUUGUAUUUUUUUAAAAGUGUCAGAUGCCAUUACAAGGAACAGUUACUUUUCUUUAGGAAACUGUGAGCGGAGCUGAGAUUUCUGUGCAGAGGGAGGCGCUGAGCUUAAAGUGAGAAGCAGUCACCGAACCGUCAGGAGCCAUGGUGAAGUUUCACAACUCAGACCUAUGGAUCGCCUGGAUGGUCAUUUUCUGCAUGGAGGGUUCAAAGUUUGAUCUACACACAGGGAAAGUGUGUGUGCGGGCGCUGGAUGUCACGGUGUCCCAGAGCAGCAUCCAGGUGGCGCGAGGCCAAGCCGCCGUCCUGCCCUGCUCCUUCACCACCAGCGCUGCCCUCAACAACCUCAACAUCAUCUGGAUGGUGAUACCGCUGUCCAACGCCAACCAGCCAGAGCAGGUGAUAAUUUACCAGGGCGGCCAGGUGUUCAGCCUCGCCAACCACCUCGUGGGUCGUGUGGGCUUCGUGGCCACCAUGCCAAGCACAAGUGCCUCCAUCUUCAUCAACAACACCCAGCUGUCCGACACUGGGACCUACCAGUGCCUGGUCAACAACCUCCCGGACAGAGGGGGGCGCAACAUCGGUGUCAUUGGGCUCACUGUGUUGGUGCCCCCCUCGGUGCCAGCAUGUCGAAUCCAGGGCACGCUGGAUGUAGGCAGUGAUGUCAUGCUGAUCUGCAGCUCAGAGGAAGGUAUUCCCACGCCGUCCUACUCCUGGGAGAAGCUCGACGCUCUGCCCAAGCUGCCGCACAACGCCAUGCAAGACCAGAUGCAGGGCACUGUCACAUUGAGAAACAUCAGCACCAGCACCUCAGGACUCUACCAGUGUACCUCCAGCAACGCAAUUGGCAAAAGCACAUGUCUGCUGAACCUACAGGUUGUCGCGCCCCAGCCUCAGAGCGUGGGUCUGAUCGCGGGCACCAUCGCUACGGGAGUCCUGGCUGUGGUCAUCUGCUCCCUGCUGGUGGUGGUCACGCUCUUCUACUGGAAGAACAAGAACAAGUAUGACGAGGAGGAGAUCCCCAACGAGAUCAGAGAAGACGACCUUCCUCCUAAGAGGUCAUCGUCGGUGAAGGCCUUCCACGCAGACGCCUCCUCCUCCGAGAACGACACUCUGACCUCCACUAACACCUACAACAGCCGCUACUGGCACAACCCCAAGCCCAACUACGACACCAACUCCUACACGCGCUACAACGGAGACACUCGGCAGACCUUCGCUGCUGCCGCUGCGCACGGCGCACACGCGCACGGACAGCCGCCCAGCGCGGCGCACGGCCACGGCGCGGUGGUCACGGCCCCGGGCUCGACCCCGCUGUCCCGCCACGCACCGCCCACCGCAGCCACGACGGCAGCGUUCGCCAACGGCAGCCACACGCUGCCCCCGCCCAAGACUCUGGUGGUCACCACGAACUCUGCCCCGUCCCCCCCCACCAUGGUGCGCAGCAACGGCUCCGUGAGCCUCAAACCGGUGGUGACGUCCACGCACGGGCAGCACACGCACUCCUACGCCGUGAGCCAGGCCACGCUGGAGCGCAUGGGGGCGGUGCCGGUCAUGGUGCCGGCCCAGAGCAGGGCGGGCUCGCUGGUCUGAACGCCGGUCUCACACACUGUUAGCACCGAGGGUUUGGUUGUGAUGUUCAAAAACUGACCGAAUAUGGGCUGAAACAGCCCACUGCCCUUUACAACUGUGUCUUUCUGUAUGUCUCCACCUUUUUAUCUCAACACUAGCUGGGAUUCUACAGUGCAGAGUUCAUUUAAUGCCAAUUCCUGGAUGGACGGGACCCUCUGCUCUGUGGGCCACGUGCAUCAUCAUGAUGCAGUCCAUCAUCCCCGACUGGACGGAUGGUUCUGGUGGGCGCAGGGGGAACAUGGGAUCAUUUCACAAAGCUGGAGUGAAACAUCCUGCAAAACCUGGACUCCCGGAUCUUCUUCAGGACUGGAUCAUUGUGAUGAUUGUGUUUCUUCUUUUCGUUUUCUGUUUCUUGGACUCAAAGCAACACAAGGCAUUGUCAUCUCAGUGUGUCCAUGCUGCAGACAGACGCCGGCUCGGGUUCCCACAGAGUGCAUGUGUCCCCUGAUUUAGGAUAACAAAUUAAGUCUGUUUUGUUUCUAAUCAUUUCUUCUCACAGUCGUAACCUUUGAUUGACAGUAAUGAUGGAGAAGUCGGGAUUAAACGGUGAAUGUUCAGGUGUCUGCUGGAGGAACAUGGUGGUGGUAGGAUGGCCUUCGAAGGUGUUUCUGGAUGCAACGCAUUAUUAUACUUUAUUUCACAAACAUCUUAAUUACGUUUUUGCACUUUUCAGAGCAAUUCUAUAUCAAAGCUGCCGUCUUAUGAACAAAACUCAGUCUUACUAAUGACAGGCUUCACACAGUAAGCAGAAAUCUAAACACUGGUGAUACUGGAGGAAGGUACAAGUGCUGGAAUCGUAGAGAAACAUUGCUUUUUCCCAACAGAGAGCUCCUGUCCCUGAUCUAAACUUGAACCUGCAGAUGGAGUUUGUCCUCGUCUUCGCUGUCCUCAUCCGUCUGCUUCGUGUCACAUCAGUGCUGCUCUGAGGGUCAGAGGAUGUCUUAUUUCAUAGAUGCUUUAUAAAGAGACAAGAGAAAUAUAUAUUUAAAGGAGAUUUUUCUUCCCUGGAUAAAGGCUAACACCUGCUGUUUUCUACUGUACAUACGGCAGCGGUGGGAUGGUUGUGAAUCAAAGAAAACACGUCUAAUACAUAUUUUACAACUCAUGUGUCUUAAUUUUGAAGCCGUUCUUUUUGUUGCUGGGUUCGGUCGACAGCUGGUUCAAUGAAGGGAUGUUUUUAUAUAUAUAUUUUCAUUUUCUACUGAGUAUUGUCAUUUCAUUACGAGGACUGAGGUCAAUACGAUGUGGUUUAACAUUAACGGCCAUUUGUUUUACUAUAAAUAACACCUUUGCUGUACAUGUUAGAGGAUAUCACCGUGUUUCUGACCUGUGUUUUUGUAUUUUAACCAAAUCUCAACAGUCUGAACUGUUGCUGUUCCUAAAUCUAGCAAUCCUCAUUUUCUUUUUGUGCCUGAAUGCACAUUAAGUUCUAAUGGUUUCUCCUAGCUUUGAUGCAGUAUUUGACACAUUUGUGUAACAUACAGUUUUGGAAAAUAUAUGUUUUGGGGUUGUUGUUUUUUUUUUUUUUGCUUUAACAAAUUUCUCUUUGCGUCUAUUGGAAAGGUUUAAAAUAAAUGUUCAAAGUCUUACUGGGACAAAACUUCCCAAAAGGUGUUCCAACUUUAACAAACACAGUCUCAUGACUUAAUGCUGUAAACUUUAUUUUUAAUUACUGUUUUAUGUAGACGAUAUCCCCGACUUCAUCAUUGUUUGAGCUGUAUUCAGUUAAUACCUUCAUUCCAUUUACCAGUAAAGAAUGUUGUUUAAGUUGAUGGAGUUAAAGUAUAUACACAGAUAUAUUUAUAUACAGCUGGGUGACAAAUUAAAGGAAAGAGCUGAAUGAAUGCUUCCACACUAGUGCAUUGAAUAGUAGAGUUAAAGCUGCUCUGUGGCAGGUAUGAACAUGCUGAGCAGGCUCAGUGGAUUCUGACUGAGAUGGAACAAGAAAAGAGCUUUUAUUGUUGAGGUGCAGCUGGCAGGAGCUUCAGCCACAAACAUUAAUCAGCUGGUUUCAACAGGAACAGUGGAAAACGUGACAUUUGCAUGUUUCUAUGGGAGGGACAUCCGCAGAUAGAACUGGACGUCGUGGUCGACCGUGCACAUUACGUGAUGAUGCUCAGUGUGGUGUGUGAGGAAAAACCAGACAUGGAGCUCCUCCUUAACUCUUCCAGCCAUCAGUAGAACGACGAUGGCUCAGUUUGAGCUGUGAGGAAACCAGCAGCACUGCUUCACAGAGCUGGAGACAGAUGGUGGUGUCGUCUAAGAGAAGAGCCUGGAUGUUUGCCCUGCAGUCACAGGAUCCAGCGGGUCUCUUGUGCAGCUGGGGGGGCGCUUUGGAUCCACCUGUAGCUUUAGAGGAAAGGUUCACUGCAAAUCAAUGCAAAGCUCUUAGGAGUGAUUGCCUUUAAGCUACGGUGAAACAAUGUUCUCUGCCAGGAUGAGGAUUCUCCUGGCAGAGAACAUCGUCAUGAAAACACCAGAUGAUGCUGGAGAAUCAGCGUUGAGGCAGAUGGAAGCUGCUCUGGUGGCCAAACACUGCACUAAGAGGUUUGUGUUGGUCUUUCCUUUCAUCUGUCACCAGCUCGUGUGUGUGUGGGUUGCCAUUGGUUUUAUAUUUUAAACGAUAUUAAACAGAAUUCUAUAUAAUUCCACCAAAUAUUUAGAUCAUGACAGCAGUAAAUAAUAACCCAGACAAUAUACGUCUGCUUCACUGGUGUCCUGAUGAUAAUUCACUCAUUUUAAAUCCCAAUCAUAGACCGAAUGGUUACGAGUCAGCGCAGGUUUUCUGUCGGUUUGUUGUCAGUGAUGUGGGCCUGUAGUGGAUCCAGCAGCAGUCCUGAAUAUCUCCCAGCUUUUGCUUUGAGGUCAUCAUGAAAAUGGCACGUAGUUUCAAAUCUUCAUUGACUUAUUUAUUCUGUAUUUAGCCACAGUAGCUACUGACUGCACUGUAUGGGUCCAGAUGAAGCAUUUGUUCUUGUGUUGGUCUGGCCCAGGUCUGAUUGCAGCUACGCUCCUCAUCAGUGUCGGUAUCCAUUUCUUUUUCCUCUCAGUGCUGUCUGUCUGCUACGGCACGUUCUCGGAUUGAUUUAUAAACACAGAGAGGCUGGAAGAGGUCAGAUGUCACCAGAUCAAUUAUCGGUUCCCUCCUUUUUGUCUGACAGUGUUUUCAGAAUAAAGUCUUCUGUCUAUGUGGAUUCCACUCACCAUCUCCUCCCAGUGUCCCUGCCUUGAAUGGGGGCUGACAGCAUUAGAAAGGAGCUCAUCUUCUGAGGCCCUCGGCUUUAUUUGUACCAGAGAGAGUCAGAAAAGCUACACUGAGAUUAUUUUACUCUUUCUCUGGCCUCUGUUUGCAGGAGAAACGGAGGAAAGAGAGCACAAUCAGUAGAGAUCUACUGAGGUUUUAACCCAAAUUAACUAAACAUCUCAUCUUCUACCCCAGCCAUAGGCUGGCACGUGGUACACAAGGUGGUGUGUGGGUUGUGUAUAUAGACAAAUGUGAUAUAUUGCUGCUGAUAGCAAAACCAAUGUGUACAUAUGUAAAGAGGAAAAUUAAAAACAAAAAACAUACAUCUUGUUCUUACCGUUGGGUUUGAAAUGAAAUAGGAAAAAUAACACUGGACUUGUAGUGAAUAAAUAUUGUUAAUACAUUCUAA